CUUCCGCAUCAUCGGCGAUUGAUUGUCUGCGAGCGGUGCGCCGAGUCCGACAAGUCCUGCUGCGAGCCCUGAUUGAAGCUCGAAUAUCGCUCUCUUUUUCCCCCGUUAAUUUUACUCCCACUUGAACAGUCACUCGAACCCUCCGCGCCGUUAACCCCCGUCGAGCCCUCUCUUCAAUUUACGAUCCAAAAUGUCUCUCGUCAACCUUGCCCACGUCUGCUCCCACUUGAACAAUGCCACCAAGGCACGUCUCGGUAUGACGUCCAUCGUCAACUCGAAACUACACCUGAAGCUCUGCCUUGCGCUCCAAAACGACGGCCUCAUCUCCUCCGUCGUCCGCGGAGGCCCGAAAGCGCCCCCCACGCACCUUCUCCUUGGCACGCCUACCCCUGGUGAGGAGGUCGAGCCUGUGACCCAGAGCAACAUUGCUACAAGAAGACUCUGGCUGGGUUUGAAGUACUGGCAGAGCGAGCCCGUGCUGGGCCACCUAAGCCUGGAGAGCAAGCCCACCCGCAGGGUGACGAUCGAUCUGCCUGGACUUCGUCGUGUGAUCCGUGGAGACCGAAGCGGAAGUGUGGAGGGUCUCCGGAAUCCCGGCGAAUGCUUGUACGUGUCAACAGAUCGGGGCAUCAUGGAAGCCAGGGAAUGUGUCGAGAAGAAGCUUGGUGGGAUGGUCCUGUGCCGUAUCCGCUGAGACCUCGGUGGACAGAGGCUUGCUUUUACCUGAAUGUUGCGCGUGCUGUGUGGUUUUGCAUUUCUAGCGGAGUUUGGUCAGUCGCCGUGUCUCAUCCCAUGUGCUUUGUAUGUUUUAUGCCCGCGACUUUGGGAUGGAUACCUUGUAUAGUAACAUAGGUCACUUCAUGUACUAUUUACCCCUUCUUUCAAGCCCUUUAUUCUUUCUUGUCCCUACA